AUGAUUGUUAACGGUGCAUCUGAUCCUAUUUUAUGUCGUUGUUUCCCGUCUUUCUUAGAUGGUCCUGUACUUGACUGGUUUUGCUCUUUGCCUGUAGAUUCUAUAUCACGUUUUCAAGAGUUAGCUAAGCAAUUUGAAGACUAUUUCGCAGCAUCUGCAAUAUAUCUCCAUGAUUCUGAUUAUUUAACGACCAUUAAACAGGGACCACAAGAAAGCCUAAAAGAUUAUAUCACCCGUUUCACAAAGGUGGCUAUGAAAAUACCCGACAUCCACCCCGAAGUUCACCUUCAUGCCAUCAAAAGCGGCCUUCACCCAGGUAAAUUCCAAGAGACCAUCGCCGUCACUAAGCCCAAAACUUUGGCCGUGUUUCGUGAGAAAGCCAAGGGACAGAUAGACAUUGAGGAGCUCCACCAGGCACGAAAAGCAAACAAAUCGGCCACCAAAGACGAUGAAAAACCUCGCGAUAAUAAGAAGAGCUUCAAAUCAGUUCCUUGCUAUGAAUCAUAUACCCAGUUCAACGCUAAGAGGGAUGACAUUAUUAAGGAGAUACUGAACUCAAAGCUGAUUAAACCUCCCUGA